AACCACCAUUCUCCUGAUGCUGGUUGAGUGAGCCUAUCAGCACUGCCAAGUCCCUCUCCAGAAAGCUGCAUAGCAUGCAUAUAGGUCUGUUGGAUGUCUGGACUCCCAUCUACAUACCUCUGAAUCGCAUCUGCUUUUCAUAGGGCCACAAUGUCGAAACGCAAGGUGACUUUUGAGGAUCAAGAGGAUGAGGAUGAAGAGGAAAUCAGUUUGCCAAAGAAGAAGCUGGUGGAACCUGCCAUUGGUGGGCCAGGCAGCCGAUUUAAGGGCAAGCACUCCUUGGACAGUGAUGAGGAGGAUGACGAAGAGGAUGAAGGUCGAGGAAGCAAAUAUGACAUCCUUGCUUCAGAUGAUGUGGAAGGGCAGGAAUCUGCCACUAUUGACUAUGAAGAUGGCGUACGGAUCACCCCAUUCAAUUUGCAGGAGGAGAUGGAAGAAGGUCAUUUUGAUUCAGAGGGCAACUACUUCUUGAAGAAAGAGGCGAUGAUCCGAGACAACUGGUUAGACAACAUUGACUGGGUCAAGAUAAAGGAGCAGCCUCCCGGUCGGAAGAAACCCCCACUAGAUUCUGUUGAUGACGAGGAGGAGGAGGAAGACGAUGACCUUGAAGUCGGCCGGGCACCUUUGGACAAGAAGGAGCUGCUGGAAGGGAUGGUGGAUUUAGUGCUACCUGGCGAGACAGUGGCUAGAGCCAUUCAGAGGCUUGGAGACAAGGGCGCACCCAAGACCAGCGGGCGUCAGCGGAGGCCCUGGAGCCGCCUCAAGGCGGAGGAGGCAGAAACAGCGGAGGAAGGUGACCCCCAGAAGCCCGGGUCUCCUGAGCGGAGAGAGCAGCUGGAGCGCCUGUCAGGCCUGGCUGACCAAAUGGUGGCACGAGGUGUAUACGAGAUCUACCAGGAGACCCGGGAGAAGCUAGUGCUGAGGCUCCGGGCGUUGGAGCAUCCUCCUGCAGCAUCUUCCGCCGCCGAACCGGAACUCGAUAUGUUUGCGGAGGAUAUUGAUGAAGCAAAACUGGGGGAGAAGACGCCAGCGGCGGCAAGCAUGGGGCAGCAGCGGGAUGAUGACAACACUCUCUCCGAAGUGAUGUGGGAAUAUAAAUGGGAGAACACAAACACAUCUGAACUCUAUGGACCCUUUAGCAGCUCACAGAUGCAGGACUGGGUAUCUCAAGGCUAUUUCCCUGAUGGGGUUUACUGCCGGAAGGCAGAUAAUUCUGAGGGCCAGUUCUACAAUUCCAAGCGCAUUGAUUUUGACCUCUACACGUGAUCGGAACCCGCCUCCCGCCCCAUGGAGCACGACAGAUGGAACUCAACGCAGCGGCAGACUGAAAGAACUUGCCGGACUUUAGGGGGUGGGGGCCUGGGAAGGGGUGUGUGAGCGUGAGUGUGUUUGCAGAGGGUGGGGGAGAGGGUUGAUUCGCUAUCGAAUUCUGAAAAUGUUUCAGGUUUUGUGAAAAAUAAAGAAUCAACCUUAAA